AUGACACUCCGACGUACUAAGCACGCCAACCGCAACCACUUGCCGGCAUUAAUGAGCAAAGUGCCGGAAGAGCACCAUGAACCAAUUAAAAAUAUGUGCCUAAAAAUGAUGUCUCAUGAUGCCUAUGGACAGCCCUACGAAUGGAGAUCUCACGACUUCGAAAUGGGCGCUCACUUGGGGAGAGGAAAAUUCGGACGCGUCUAUUUGGCCCGAGAGCGCUACUCGCAUUAUUUGGUGGCGAUGAAGGUGAUGUUCAAGGAGGAGCUACGCAAGGGAAAUGUUCAGCGUCAGGUGCUCCGUGAGAUAGAGAUCCAGUCGCGACUCAAGCACCCCAAUAUUUUGAGACUUCUGACAUGGUUUCACGACGAGAGCCGGAUCUACCUGGCUCUGGAGAUCGCCUCGGAGGGAGAACUAUUCAAGCAUCUGCGUGCAGCGCCCGAUAAUCGGUUCGAUGAGCCGCGGUCUGCGAAAUACACCUACCAAGUGGCUAAUGCCCUGAACUAUUGCCAUCUGAACAACGUCAUUCACAGGGACUUGAAGCCUGAGAACAUUUUAUUGACGGGCACGGACGAUCUAAAACUGGCCGACUUUGGCUGGUCAGCACACACACCCAACAACAAGCGCAGGACCCUUUGCGGAACACUGGACUACCUUCCGCCGGAAAUGGUGGAUGGCACUUCGUACGAUGAUACUGUCGAUCAAUGGUGCUUGGGGAUUCUGUGCUACGAGUUUCUCGUGGGCUUCCCGCCCUUCGAAUCGAACACCGCGGAGAACACCUACGAAAAGAUCAGGCACCUCGAGAUCCAUUACCCCUCGCACUUAUCAAAAGGCAGCAAGGAACUGAUCGCUGGGCUACUACGAAAGCAGAGUAAUGGACGGAUUUCUUUGGUGGAUGUGAUGACCCAUCCUUGGGUUAAGGAGAGCAUGGCCGAGAGGGAAGCACAACUGCGGCUGAGCGAGCGUGGCAAGGAGAACAUGGCACAAAAUUAAAAUUCAUUUGAUACAUGGAGUAAUUUAAACAACUUCUUUAAUAUUAUCAUUAUUAAAAGCAUUUUUCAUUUCAAUGUCGCAAAAA